UAAAGGCAACAUGAGGAGACGCGUUUUUUAGGGCUGAAAAAAAAGAAGAAGAAAGAUUAACACACAGGAAGUAGGAAGUGUGAUCUGCGAUACCUCUAGUGUGUGUAGCUGUGUGUGAGUGUGUAUCACUGUGCGUGUUUGUGUGUUUGUGUGUGUGUGUGUUUUGUGUACGUGCUCCGGUCGAGUGUUUGUGUGAGAUGAUACACUGACCUGUGCUAUGAAUUAAGGACAAUGUCUCUGAAACUACCUCGCAACUGGGACUUCAGCACCUUCAAGGCUGAGACAGCUCGAAUAGCACGUUCCAGGAGUGUGAUACCUGGAGAGGGAGGCUCAGGCCCGGGCUCGCCGCGCUCCCCCAGGUCCAUGGAGAGGCCGCUGAAGGCUGGCUGGCUGAAGAAACAGCAGAGGUCUUUAGUCAAGAACUGGCAGCAACGCUACUUUGUGUUGAGAGGAAGCACUCUGACCUACCACAAAGAUGACAAGGAGACCACCGUCCAGGGAGUCAUCCAGCUACGGUUCAGUAAAGUCAAUGAACUCCCACCAAACCCCGAUGACCCAGGGAAGCACCUGUUUGAGAUCAUACCACAUACAACAGGAGACAGAGAGCGAUGUCCUUAUGUGUUCAUGGCAAACUCUCAGAGUGACAUGGAUGAUUGGGUCAGAGCUCUGCGCAGGGGCAUCGGAGUGCACACAAGCGGAGUAUUUGGAAAGAGUCUCAAUGACAUAGUGACGUACGAGCAACGCUUUGGGCCUCGCAUGGUGCCGAUCCUGGUGCAGAAGUGUGUUGAAUAUUUAAAAGAACAUGGACUGGAUGAGGAGGGCAUCUUCCGCCUCCCUGGUCAGGACAACGCCGUCAAGCAGUUCAGAGAUGCCUUCGAUGCAGGAGAGAGGCCUUCCUUCCCAAGUGACACAGAUGUCCACACGGUGGCAUCUCUGCUCAAGCUGUAUCUGCGUGAGCUGCCAGAGCCUGUGGUGCCCUGGACUCAGUACCAAGACUUCCUGGACUGCACCAACCUCAUGGAUGCCAGUAGUUCAGAGGGCAUGGGUUUGUUGGAGAAACAGAUCGCCCUUCUCCCCAGAACCAACUACAACCUUCUCAGUUAUGUCUGCCGGUUCUUGUUUGAGGUGCAGCAACACUCCAAAAUCAAUAAGAUGAAUGUAGAGAACCUAGCGACAGUGAUGGGGAUCAACCUGCUCAAACCUCAGAUAGAAGACCCUAUCUCUGUGAUGAAGGCGACUCCUCAGAUCCAGAAGCUGAUGACAGUGAUGAUCAGACAGCAUGAGACUCUCUUUCCUCUCUCCAAAGACGUGAUUCCGUCCCCUCCCUCAAAGAAAGCAGAGUCCCAGAAGAACGCUCCUCGAAGCUUUGUAGGCUGGGAGUCCGCAGAGAUGGGUGAUGCCUCUCUGUCCGAGUCUCCAGAAGAGGAGGAAGACAAUGACAGUCCAGAAAAAGACGACCCCCCAAACAACCAACAGGAUCCCAUCUCACCUUCUGCAGACGACUUCGCCGGAAGCCCCCGCAAACGCACCCAGACCCUACCCACCUUCAACUGCCCCCUCACUGGGAUGGCGGCGAAGGCUGACGCCCUUAACCGGUGGAGUCGCAUCCAGGAACCUAUAGAGGAGAAGAGUGGGACAUUGUCAGAGGACAUUUUUAAAAUCCUGGACCUUCGGAACACAGGGUCAUUGUUCGGAGGGUCUCUGAUGGGCACCAAAAAGGGAGAAGAUAGGUCCACGGCCCGCAGAGGAAGCGAUAACACAGGAUGCACCGCUGCUACCUCCCAAAAACCUGAGAGUGAUUCCCAGCCUGCUCAAGUCCUGACUCAUCAAAAGAGUGUAGAGACCCUGACGGUGAAGAGUCCAGAUCAGCAGGUCAACAGCAAACCUGAAGAGAAGAAAGAGGGUCAGCAGCUCGUUGACAGUCUGCAGCAGGAGAACGAGGAGCUGAAAGCAAUGGUGGCUGAGCUCCAGUGUGCUCUGGAAACAGAGCGCCGCCGUAAAGCUGCUCUAGAGAUCUGCCUGAAAAAUGCAGAGCGCAGCCGGGAUGAAGCCCAAAAACGCAACAAUGAGCUGCAAAGAGACAUUCAACGGUUCCUCACCAAAGAACCACAAGCUCCCACCUAAGAGUCUGUUUCAGACCUGAUAGAAUAAAGACUUAUGACCUCAUUAACCACAACAGAGCUAAUUUCACAGGCACUACUUCUGGAAAGUAGUGUGGAGUUUCCCAAGUUGGCUCUGUUGGGUUUAGAAGUUAAGUUAUUGGCUCAUUUGUUUUAGAGUCUGACAGUCUGUUGACAAGUUGUCAAAGACUUUUUUAUAUCACUAUUAGAUAAUUAAAUUAAAAAUGGUGUCACUGUAUAUGAACCUCCUUGAUUUGGUUUAGUUCUUAUACAGGAAAUACAGGAAAAGAACACCUUAAUUGAAAGGUGAAUUAUUUGCAAUUGUAUCGCCAUUUUGCAGCUUGAAAAGACAGGAUAUGAUGUUCCACGGAACUGGAAGAACAGAUCAUAUCAGCUUUGGACAAACCCUUCGAUCAGAAGACAACUGGACUGUAUAAUGCACAGUGGACAAUGCAAAUACUCUGUUGUCUGUGAGGUGAAGAGUAUCAUUUGUUGCUAUUUUUCUGGUAAAUUAAUUAAACAUCAUAAAUAAAGUGUGGUUUGUUUAUGCACAAAAUAAUACCACACACUCACAAA